GAAACAUUUCUGGCUGCAUCUUAUUAUUUCAAAGAGCGCCGAGCGUUUACCGUAUUAAGAAUCAUACUCAGAUUAUUCAUCAAUUGGCACCCUACGCACUUCCUUUCUAGGUUCUGAGGAGGUUGUGGUGUGUGACAGGAAGAGAAAAGGCCAGUUAUUUUUCUCUGCUGUAUGUUACAAUAUGAAAUCAAGUAAAAAAUAAACGGAGACAACAACAAAAAAUGGCUUUCAGGAAACUUCCAAAUCGUAACGAUGUACUUCAAUGGUCUCCAGCUCAUUUGGCUGAUUACUUCAGAAUGCUGGACUGGAAAGACUGUGAAAAAGUUAUAAGAAAGAACAAUAUUAACGGGCAAAGAUUUCUGAACAUGUCAGAAAAUGACAUUCAAAGAUUUCCCACACUACGGGUGCCACAGAUUCAUCAGCUGUGCCAGGAGAUCAACAAAAGAGAAGAAAAAAAGGGCUUCUUCCCAAAGAGGAAUCAGAAUCCAGUAAUCCAGGAUUCCUCAGAUUACAGACACAAUGAGGACCUUGGAUGGGAUUCAGAUGAAUUUACAGAGGAUGAAGAUGACUACGAGGAUCCAGAUCAAGAUGUGGGGUCUGAGGACGAUGGUGGAGAUUAUGAAUCCCCAAAUGAAGAUGGUGACGGGCACAACAGUGACAACGAUUAUGAACCUCCACCUUCAAACGAUGAAGAAGCCCAUCAAACCAAAAUAUUUGCAGCAAAACCCAUCUCCAAUGACUCAGAUUAUGCAGAUAAACGAACCACUCAAAACUCAGGAAGCCACCCACCCAUUCCUCCUCAGCGACCUGGAUCAGUGCCAAUUUUACCUGCUGGAAACAAGGGCAAUGUGCCAAGCAUGUUCUCCAAUCUGUCAGUCAAUGAUGAUCCAGGUCACAACAAGGAUCGGGGCUUCUCAACACCUGGUUACAGAGCUCCCAAAGUCGACAGGAGUAGGAAACCUGCUUUAGAUCAGCCAGGCACCCAACAGAGUGAAAGAGAUUCCCCUUCAAUGGUAAAGAAAUCUCCAUUUCCAGACAAGCUUUCCAUGGGACCACCCAGACCUCCAUUUGGCAGUAGACCUGAUCCUGUCUGUAGGAUGCCAAAGCCAACAAUACAAGUGGACAGGGGUAAUGCGUCAUUGGGACGGAGGCAGACAUCUCCAAGACCAUGUAUACCGGACAGAAUGCUUGAGGAUGAAGAUGAUAGUUUUUCUUCCAGAUCCUUUCCCCGACCGGUUGACUCUGCUCUGAAUGCCAACACUUUUCCAUACAGAUCUUCCCGACCAGGACCAAAGCCCAGUUUCCCAGGAGGGAACCAAAUGCCACUAUCCAACACAGAUAGUCUUUCACCAAGUGGGUCUUUGCCACCACGAUUUCAACAAGAGGCUAAGCAGUCUUUCUCAAGAGGCCCUAGUGACUCCAGACCUCCCCACCCUCUACCAAUCAAUAAAGCCCGACCUGCACCAGCAGCACCACAAGAAGAGUGUCUAUCCAGGGAGUGGUAUGCAGGUUGCAUCAGUCGAUUAGAUGCUGAAUCAGCUCUUCGAAAUAUUAAUGAGGAUGGGACAUUCUUAGUGAGGAACAGCUCACGGAGAAACAGUGAACACCCCUUUGUCCUGAUGGUACUGUAUGGAGACAAGGUAUACAACAUUCAAAUCCGCUAUCAGGAGGAUAUCGCUAUGUACUUGUUGGGAACUGGACUCAGAGGAAAGGAAAAUUUCAGUUCAGUGACAGAGCUUGUGGAGUACCAUACACAGAAACCGCUUAUGCUGAUUGAUGGGAAAGAUCAGAGAGGAGGGCAAAGGAAUCAGUGUACACUGAUAUAUCCUGCAGCUCAGUAGACUCAGCUACACACCAAACUGACUGCCAAUGCUCACAGCAGCCAGUUGGAAUUCUUAGAUCUUUUUAACAAGAAGCAAAAUGUAAGUGGACCCUGUAAGUGUGCCCUGAUGUUCUCUGUCCACUGCAAAGAGAUGUUAAAUAUCUUCAAUUGCAUUUUCUAUAACUCUGUAAUCAGCUCAAUGGCACCAUAGAAGGGAGGGCUAUGAUCAAUCCUCAGAGAUAAGUGCCACCCCAUAUCACCAUAUCCAAACAAGCUACUCCCAAAAGUACAGCACCACACAUACAGUCCCAUCACAUUGUCCCAUCACACUGCCCGGUUAUACCACCACAUCACACUGUCCCACCACACUGUCCCAACACACAGCUCCAUCACACCGCCCCAUCACACCAUCCUACCACACCACCCCAACACAUCGUCCCACCACACUGCCCCAUCACACUGUCCCACCACACUUCCCCAUCACACUAUUUCUCCACGCUGCCCCACCACACUGCCCCAUCACACUGUCCCGUCACACUGUCCCGUCACACUGCCCGGUCACACCACCACACCACACUGCCCCAUCACACUGCCCCAUCACACUGCCCCAUCACACUGUACCAUCACACUGCCCCAUCACACUGCCCCACCACACUGCCCCAUCACACUGUCCCACCACACUGUCCCACCACACUGCCCCACCACACUGUCCCACCACACUGCCCCACCACACUGCCCCAUCACACUGUUCCACCACACUGCCCCAUCAUACUGUCCCAUCACACUGCCCCAUCACACUGUUCCACCACACUGUCCCAUCACACUGCCCCAUCACACUGCCCCAUCACACUGCCCUAUCACACUGUACCGUCACACUGCCCCAUCACACCGUUCCACCACACUGCCCCAUCACACUGUCCCAUCACACUACCCCACCACACUGUCCCCAUCACACUGUCCUAUGACACCUCCUCACCAACUACCCUUAUUAAUAGACCUCCAUCCUUGAACCCCCAUCAUAUUAUCCCCAAAAUACCUUCUGCAAACUACUAAUCCUGUCGACUAACACCCACCAUGCUGCCUCAUUCUCCUUCUCCCAGUAUCCACUGCUAUCAUAUAGCCCUCGGGUCUUUUUUGUUACUCUGUGUGAGCAGCGAAUCUCAUUUGUACAGUUUGAAGAUGUGGGUAUGUACAGACUGCAGAACCAUUCUUACCUUUUGUACAUCCCCAUCAUUUCAAUGUUAUGCACCCCUUAUUUCAUAAACCACGCCUUCCUACUUUAUUGGUUGUAAAUAUAGCCUUAUCAGCAAACUGCGUAAAAAAUAUGAAAGCAAAUGAAUUCAGCUUAUUUCAUCUAGACUGUUGCAUAACAAUAUACAUUGUUUCCAAUUCAAACUUUGUCCAAUGAAGUGUGUUUUAAAUUACUUGUAUGUAUUUGUGUUUAAAACAAGGAGUGUACAACUAGGAUUUUGCUUCAAGUGACAGACUACAAAAUCUCAAAGGACAGGUGAGAGUGAAAGAUGUUUCCGAAAAGCACAGAAGUGCAGAUACUGGAAGUCUGAAAUAAAAGCAGAUUCUGUUGGAGGUAUUCAGCAGGUCAGGGGUGAUAUUCAGUGCAGCUGGGUGGUUGAAUCCCAUGCAAAAUCUGUCACCAUUCUAGUUUAUGACUAGAAUAGUGUUUACUUUUAGUUUGCUUGCUGGUGUUUCCCAGUGCUGCUGAAUUCACUGUAUUACUUUGCUGAUGAACAUAAAAAUCAAUGGACUGUGAUGAGAAGUUGCAUUGAAACUUUGAUUAUAUAGUGUACAUUAGACUUGGGGCAGGAUGCCACAAAUGGAUUUGUCACACAAGAUUAUUGUUGUCAACAAAAUAAUUCUGAGAAUUAUAAUAAACAUUAAUUGCUUCUUUUCAACUGCAACGU